GCAGAGCAGAAGAAGUAGAGGUUGCUAACCGGAAACAAAACAAGUCGCCUUCUCUGCAGUUUCGUUAAAUUGAGCAAGUUUAAAUUGUUUUAUUGUUUCAUGUCAGGUAGUAUUGGCCAUGUGUGUAUGCCGUCCGGGGACGAAGACACGUUAUGGGACUAUUUGGGAAGACGCCGACAGCGAAAACAGCAGAAACCUCCUGUGUCUGCCUGUGGUUUAAAUGUUCGCUACGUCACAGUUAAUCCAGCAUGCCAUGUUACCAUUAUCCCAUUCAGCGCGUCAACUCUUCUCCGACAAAGGCAAUUGUGCGAUUGAAAGAAGUUUUAUCGAGUUUUGCCGAUGCGCAUUUAAAUAAGUGAAUGGAAACAGGACUACUGCCAAAUGGCUGCUGUGUUGAUGGAUGCGCCUCAGGUGGUAGAUGACUCCAAAGGUUCUUCAGCAUCUCUACCCCCGUUUCCUACUGGUGGAGACAUGCUGGACUUCCUGGUUCAGUCGGGUGAGAUCAGUGAACCUGACGGUCUGUUGGCUACCUGGUUUCACAGAGCGAAUAGCAAGGAGGAAAUGAACAAAGCUCUCACAAGUGACGCUAUGAUCCUGGAGGCUGAUAUCACUCUGGACGGUUAUGGGACACCCAGUGAGAAGCCAAUCCCUAUCAUGGCCCACCCUCCUGAUAUCUAUAGUGACAACACUCUGGACCAAUGGCUGGAUGCUGUGCUGGCCUCUAGAAAAGGCAUGAAGUUGGAUUUUAAGUCUCUGGGAUCGGUGGGUUUGUCAUUGGACCUGCUUAGUCAAAAGAACAUUAGCAGAGGAAUAAACAGGCCUGUGUGGCUGAAUGCUGACAUCCUUACAGGUCCCAACACACCAGACUUCGUGCCAACAGUCAAUGGAACCAGAUUUCUGCAGUUGAUUCAGGAGAAGUUUCCAGAUGCCACUUUGUCCCCUGGAUGGAAGGUGGCCUAUUCUCCUCCAUUGUUCACUGCGACCUACACCAGGGCCAUGGUGGAAGACAUGUACGCUCUGGUCAAAGAUGUCCCCCAAAAGGUGACGUUCCCGGUCCAUGCCUUGUUGGUUCGCAGUGGCUGGCAGCACAUCAGCUGGCUCCUCAGCCAGUCGCCACGGUUCAGCCUGACUUUGUGGCAGGGUUCUAUUCGCCCAAACAUCAAUGACCUGCUGUUCAUCCGAGAGAACAGCCACCCUACCAGAGUCUACUACGAUAUAUACGAACCAACGCUGUCUGAAUUCAAACAGGCUGCAAAGCAGCAGGGCCUCCUGAGGAGAUUCUAUCCUGGAGGAGACCUGAUGGACUUCCUCUAUCCGAUUCACAACGCUGACUCCCAGUCCACAGCCACACAACGCAACAGCCUGGCAGUCCAUUGGUUUACAGUCACUGAUCGAUCCUCCCUGUUGGCUCAGCUUUCAGAUGGGGAUGGUGGUAUGCUGGUGGUUCAGGUGACCGCUGACAAGAACCAGCCUGAAGUCCCUCUGCUAGAGGGUUCUGGGAAGAGCUCUGACGCCCUCACACUGCAGGACAUCCUGCAGCUGCUCGGGCAGAGAGCUAAUGCCCCCUGGGGUGUUCACCUGCGGAUCCCCACUCAGCAGCUUCUGGAAGCUUCUCUCAAACUGCUGCACUCAGCCUACAGCGAAGAGACGCUCUACAGGCCUGUCUGGAUCAGCAUGGAGGGUUUGCAGAGCACUGACAACACCACGGAGUUUGUGUCCACAGUAGAGAGGCUGUUCCCUUACGUCACCCUGGUCCUGACAGAGCAGAACUGGCCUCCUCGGAUCCCAGCGACAGGCUUGUCUCAGAGGGUGGCGCUACAUCUGAACACAGCAUCACUGCCGGAAGGACAGGAGGCGCGUAACUCUCUAAUGGCACUGAUGGAUAGAUAUGACCUCAUAGUAGAGGAUACAAAACGCAGUGCUGGAGCUUUCGAGGUCUUUAAAGGACUUGUGACCCAGCGUACAGGCAGCACAAACACAAACCUGUAUGUGAUAUCUGAUCGAUCCUAACGGAGGAUGGAUUCGACCGACCCAGAAAUACGUAAAUUAUCACUUAAAAGGAUAUUUGUCAUACAGUUGCCUCUUAAAAUGACAUAUACAGUAUAUUGGAAGGCUAAUGUUAUCAGCUGACACUGGCUCGUUACUGAUCUAUCAGUGUGUACAGUGUGUGUGUGUGUGUGUGUGAGGGGGGGGGGAUUAUUGUACAUAAUGCCAUAAAGAAAGCUUGAGUCUUGUUUUGCACUGAAAUAAAAUGAAUACCUGUUGUUCUGUGUUAAUUGCUAAUUGGCAUGUUAGCAUGCAAACAUGCUAAACUAAGAUGCUAAACUACCUGCUACAAAUCAGCCUGUUAGCAUGCUAAUGCUAGCAUUUAUCUCAAAGCACUGCUAUGGUUUAUUACAGCCUCACAGAGCAACUAGCAUGGCUGCAGAAAAUCAAGUCUUGCUGAUAUGUUACCAUCUAUCUGACUCCAAGAUUUAGUGGCGUAAUGCAGUCAUGUGAUUAUAUUUUGCCGUGUCGUUUACAGUUGAAUUCUGAUCGGAAGGACAUAGAACAAACUUUUUAUUAACAAUCCUAUGAAAGCAUUUAAUGAAACAUCAAUGUUUUUUUAUCAAAAGUCAGAUGUUACCUUGUGUGAAUUGCAGUCAGCGAAUGGAGACAAAUCUCUUACCACUUAAUGCCUUAGUGUUUGUACUUUAAGGACCAUUUACCAUAGAUUUGCAAACAAAACAAAACAAAUUCUGACCAUCGGUGACACAGAUUAAAAUGAAUUUGUGUCAAAAACAAUGAA